AUGCAGGAGCAGCAGCAGGUCAUCAGGCAGCUGGAGUCAAGGCUGUCAGAGAACGAGCAGAGAGUGAACGAAGCUGAGUCCUUGCGAACUCGAUUGUCUCAGGCUGAUGCGGCAAUAUUGGAACGUGACAAGAUCAUUGCGAGGAUGAGAUCUGCGGCCAGUGUGGUUGACAAAGGUAUCACCGAGAUGCAGCUCAGAUACGACGAAAUUCUCGCGCGGAUGGCUGACGAGAUCACUGAGCUGCAAAGAAUCCAGCAGAAACAUGGAUACAGGAGUGACUCGUUGGCAACGUCUCGAACGCGUUCCAACAUCGAGAGGGGGGAUCACGACGACGAGAGCUCGUCGACUGCGGAUGAGUACUCUGAGAGUGAGUCCCUGUCAUCGACCUCGAGCAUGGAAGGAGCUGGCUCUUUGUUGGACGGGUUGAACGACUCAAGUGAAAAGAUGGCUCGACGGGGACGUCGAGUGCUUCGUGCAAGGAGCUGCAUUUUGACCUCGAAUGCGGUUCACCUUCUGAGACUUUCUGUCGUGCAAGGCAGCUGGUUUGAGGAGCCAGCGCCGUUGCGCAACAUGCUCUUGAGACUUGGCUUCAAUCAGCUCAAGAAACGUUUGCAUCGCAACUUGGACGAAGGGGAGAGCAGCGAAGGCUCCAGCCAACUGGGAGGGGACGAGUGA